AUACUUCAUUUUCAAACCUCCCAAGUAAAAGAGUGCUGUGUCUAAUUUUCACGUUCACAAACUUAUCAAAAAUGCAUUUCCCAAGGAUAAGCAUACUGCAAGCUGUAUCUCAGCAUGUGACAUCAAGAGGCUGUUUUCGUAACCAUCACAGCAGAGUGUGCUGUAUUUCUCUGCUUGAAUCAAAUCGCCACAAACCUGGACCACGAGAAAUUAAUAUGAGACAGUUGUGUACUCAGCCUGGCGUGACUUUUGCCUCAACUAAUCCUCGCAGAGACAUCAUUUCUUUUACAUCGGGAUGGACAAAACGAACAUUCUGUUCCUCCAAACCGGAAGUGGAUUCUAUAACAGGAAUGCCGUUCCAUGAUCCCGAAAAGGGGAAAUUAAUUUAUGGUGGUCCUCUUGCACAAAUGAUCAAGGUGGUGAAGACAUUUUCUAUAACGACGAGCGCCAUUGGAUUAUGCCUGCAGCCGUAUUUACUCCUUCACUCUGAAGGUCAUUCUAUCAUAGCGAAGGUUGCCGUAGGAAUAACACUCAGUUUCUUCGUGUUUGUUACGCCAUUGCUGAUUCACUUCAUAUCGAAAAAGUAUGUCACGGAUUGUUAUUGGAAUAAGGAUACCAACGAAUUUAGGGCCACCACUAUCAGCCUGCUGUUGCGACGGAAGGUGUUGAAGUUCACGCCAGAGGACGUCGUGGUUCCAGACGUCCCAGGAAUGUUUACGUCCAUCAUCAUCAAGGGGAGACCACUCUUCAUGGACCCGAAGUUUUUUUACAGUCGGGAAGCUUACAUCCAGAUGAUGGGUUAUGACAAGCCGUUAGAGUGGGAACUCCCGAACACAGAUGAAAACCAGUCCGCACAGAAACCUGAAAAGUCUUGACUCAUUUUUUCAGAUGUUUUGAAAAUUGAAUAUAUGCUAAGCGGCAAAAGAAAUGUGAAGGGCAAAAUAAUAAUAAAAUAUUUUGCUGUAGACAGUGGGAUGAAAUAGAAGAACAUUGGUGUAGUGGUUAAGCUAUUGGGCUUAUGGCUGGUAGGUACUGGGUUUGCAUCCUGGUCCCAGCUUCCUUGCUGGGUAAGUUUAACAACUGAUUGAGUAGGUGUAAGGCCAUUACAUCGACUUGUCUCUCACAAUCCACUAAUCCACUAUCCUGGACAGACAGUUCAGAUAGCUGAGGUGUUUGCCAUGACUAGCAUGCUUGAAUCUUAAAUGGAUAUAAGCACAAAAAUAACUAUAAAUGAAAUUAAUUUGGCAGUUUCAUGAUU